GAUCCACAUUUUGCGUCGACAUGUACUCUUCGCGCAUGUAUAACGACGACGCUUGAUGCAAACACAACAACAAUCCGCACCCGAGACUCGAUGCAGAAAGCACGAUAUCGCAGCAAUCGUGGUGGAUUCCGUGGUGGUCGAGGCAGAGGCGGCAACACAUUAAAAGGUCUUUUCGACAAUGGCAUCUGGUACUGCAAUUGCACGCCUCGCAUGCCAGCAGAACACUUCAAAGUGAAAAAGGAGGGCAAGAACAAGGAUCGAUGGUUCUACACAUGCCAGCAGCCGUCGGAUAGCGCUCAGCGCUGCGACUUCUUUCUAUGGAAUGAGGAUGCGAAGCUCCGAGAGACGGCCGCAGUGUUUAAUAAUAGCAGAAGCGAGCCUAAAGGUCCAGAGGCGCAAGAAGGCUGGACCGCUGGUCGAGAUGCACAAGGCAAGAUGGUCAAUGCCAGAGAAGCGUCUCCUACGCCCACAUCGAUUCCAUCAUACCCCACGCUCCCAGGUGCGAAUGUCGGCCUAAAGCGUAAUGCUCUUGAAGCUCAGCUCGGCGACGACGACGAUGAUGACAAGUUCAGCUUGGAUGGCCAGGAGGAAGAAGCGAUGUUCAAGGCAGCGGACAAUAUUUCAUCCUUUGAGACACCACACAAGGCUCAGAGGACAGGUGUCUAUGCGACGCCAGCUACAAGCGACGCGAAGAAGAGUUCGCGUAAGCUGCCGUGGUUGAAAGAUCCACAAAUCCCUGCCACUCCCAUAUCUGGGAAGAAAACGGUCCUCGACUUCUUCAAUACCUCACCGUCGAAGGUCGUGCCUAGUCCAGCUCGGGCAAUCGAGCCUCAAACACCACCGGUAGUUUCCACGCUGCCAGCAAUUCCAGAGUCACCUUCACCGACAUCAAGAUUUAAAAAUGCAUUGCAUAACCCAGCCGACUCGCAGAGCUCACUGACGAAUGAGGUCCUUCAAGAGCUAAGUACUGUGAGACUGCCACCGGAAAAGCUCGAAAGUCUGCGGAGCAUCUUGUCCAAGCACGACCUACGAACGCAGGGCAUCAGAAAGGGGCGGGAUAUUUCACGUCUCGCACUCAGGGCUAAAGAGGCGAGGAUUGUGGAGCUCGAGGCUCGUAUCACGAGUCUUCAGGCCGAGAAGGAAGUGGAUCGAAGUAUCGUUGAGAGAAUGAAAUGGAGAAAUGAGAAUCAGGUCCAGAAUGACGAAGAGACCGAAGAUGAGCUGUGAAGUUGCGGUUUGUUUUGGCUUAUGAGCGUUCAUGAUACCCAUUUGAGAUAUUUCUACUUUAUAUGUUUUGUAAGCUCUGCGGAUUCUUUUUGCUCGGGCGAUUUGAUCAAAAGCCA